CAUCCACCUGCCCCAGCCCCUGCGCGCCGGGCAGCUCCUCACCGUCGAGAUCGACUAUGAGGCGGGAGAAGGGCCUGGGGUGUGCUGGCUGGCCCCUGAGCAGACGGCGGGGAAGCAGAAGCCCUUCAUGUACACUCAAGGCCAGGCUGUGCUCAACAGGUCCUUCUUCCCCUGCUUCGACACCCCCUCAGUCAAAAGCACCUAUUCAGCCACGGUGAAGGUCCCCGAGGGCUUCACAGCUGUGAUGAGUGCCACAAGCUGGGAGAAGCAGAAGGAUAACACCUUUGUCUUCAAGAUGUCCCAGCCCAUUCCCUCCUACCUGAUUGCUCUGGCUGUUGGGGACAUUGUGUCUGCUGAAGUUGGCCCGAGGAGCCGCGUCUGGGCGGAGCCCUGCCUGCUGGAGGCUGCCAAGAAGGAGUACGAUGGAGUGAUUGAGGAGUUCCUGGGGGUUGGAGAGAAGCUCUUUGGACCUUAUGUCUGGGGCAGGUAUGACAUCCUCUUCAUGCCGCCCUCCUUCCCCUUCGGCGGGAUGGAGAACCCCUGCCUGACCUUCCUGACGCCCUGCCUGCUGGCCGGGGACCGCUCCCUGGUGGACGUCGUCAUCCACGAGAUCUCCCACAGCUGGUUUGGCAACCUGGUCACCAAUGCCAGCUGGGGAGAGUUCUGGCUCAACGAAGGCUUCACCAUGUACGCCCAGCGGCGCAUUUCCACCGAGGUUUAUGGCUCAGCCUACACCUGCCUGGAGGCUGCGACCGGCAGGGCCCUGCUGCGCCAGCACAUGGACAGCACCGGGGAGGAGCAUCCCCUCAACAGGCUGCGGGUGGUCAUCGAGCCAGGUGUCAAUCCAGAUGACACCUACAACGAGACUCCCUACGAGAAGGGUUACUGCUUCGUGAGCUACUUGGCUCAUCUCGUGGGGGACCAGAGCAAGUUUGAUGCCUUCCUCCAGGCCUACGUGAACCGCUUCAAGUUCCAGAGCAUCACAGCAGACGAUGCCCUGGGCUUCUUCCUGGAGUACUUCCCAGAGCUGAAGGAGAAAGGUGUCGACUGCACCCCAGGCCUGGAGUUCGACCGCUGGCUGAACACCCCGGGCUGGCCUCCCUUCCUGCCCGACCUCUCGCCAGGGCAGCAGCUGAUGAGGCCAGCAGAGGAGCUGGCAGAGCUCUGGGCAGCUGAUGGCUUGAACUUGGAGGCCAUUGAAGCUGUGGACAUCAUGGCCUGGAGGACAUACCAGCUGGUCUACUUCCUGGAUCAGGUCCUGCAGAAGUCCCCCCUGCCAGCAGGCAACGUGGAGAGGCUGAGCAAAAUGUACCCAAAGAUCUCCAAGUCCCAGAACGCUGAGCUGAGGCUCCGCUGGUGCCAGAUCAUCCUCAAGAACAACCUCGAGGCUGAGUACAGCAAGGUCAAGGACUUCCUCCACAGCCAGGGCAAGCAGAAGUACACUCUGCCCCUGUACCGCGCCAUGUGGGGCGGCUCGGAGGCGGCGCAGGCGCUGGCCGUGGAGACCUUCUCGGCUACAGCUGCACAGCUCCACACCAACGUCCGCAGCUACGUCAAGAAGAUCCUGGGCUUGGAGGGGGCAGAGGAUUAGUGCAGGCUUUGCCUCUGCCAGGCCCCCUCGGAGCUCUCUGCCUCGCUGCACAAAUCCUUAUUAAAAUCUCUGAUCUUUUUUC